UGCUGUGUCAGUGACCAGGCGAAGCCCAGAACUGGCAUCUGCCUGCCCAGUCAUGGGUCCCAGCCUCCUCCUGCUGCUGCUCCUGGGACAAGCAGUUCUGGGUUCGGCUGGCAGUCUCCCCGAGGUACUGCAGGUGCCUGUGGGGGGCUCCAUUCUGGUGCAGUGCCACUACCGGCUCCAGGACCUCAGAGCUCGGAAGGUGUGGUGCCGGUUCUCGCCUGAGGGCUGCCAGCCCCUGGUGUCCUCAGUGGUGGAUCGCUCGGCCCCAGGAAGCAAGCGCAUAUUUCUCACGGACCUGGGAGGGGGUCUGCUGCAGGUGGAGAUGGUCACGCUGCAGGAGGAGGACGCAGGGCAGUACGGCUGUGUGGUGGAGGGAGCCAUGGGGCCCCAGACAGUGCACACGGUCUCUCUGGAGGUGCUGCCUUCAGUUCCUGACCUGGGAGAGGAGGAAGAAGAGACCCAUAAGACUGGCAGUCUGGGCGAGGACCCCUCCUUGGACCCUGCAGGCAGUGCCAGUCCCUGGGAACUCAGCCAGCAGAAGAGCAUUCCCUUGAUCUGGUGUGCUGUGUUCCUGCUGGGCCUGCUGGUGGCAGCUGUGGUGCUGUUUGCUGUCAUGGCCAAAAGGAAAGGGAACAGGCCUGAUACCUGUGACCAGUUCCAGAGCCAGAGAGUUUCGGGCAUGGAGCCCUCCUCAGUCCACCGCAUCGAUGAUUCUGGACUUGCUGCUGGAUUGCCUUUGCACACACCCUAUGUUGGGCUUGAUUCGCCACCUUCCUUCGACAAUGCCACCUACACCAUCUUCCCUCUUGACCCCCUACCUGGAAAACCUCCAUCCCCAUCCUCACCCCUUCUGCCUCCUAAGGUUCCCUCUUCCGAGUCUGUGACAUAUGCCACAGUUAUCUUCCCAGGAGGGGACAAGAGUGGAGGGGCCUCCUGUGAGCCAGUUCAGGAUCUGUCUAACAGUCAAACUCCACCCAGCUGAAUUGCUCACCACACUGCACACACAGGGGCCGACCCUGGGGUUCUGUGCACUCAUCCCCCCAGCUCAUACCCUAUAUUCUCAGAACCUAUGAACAACUAGGGAUUAUCCAAUAUCCUCACAUUACUGAUAGGGAAUGUGAUAUUCAGAUACGACUAAGGGGUCUUGGGGAAGACCCCUGCCCCCUGCUGCUUCCUCUGCCAUUACACAUCAGGCUAAAUAAACCCUAAAUGAUGAUAUGUGAACUUAAUGGUUGAGUUGGGAAGGAAAGGGAACAAGUUUGACAAUCACUUGGUCUAUGAACCAAAAAUAUUUUGUUCCAGAGUUUGUGCUACAUGAUCUCCUGUCUGUCCUGCAGUGGUUUCUUCCCUGGUCAGAACACUGCAGUGCAGUUUGAGUCAAGGGGCACCAAAAAGACUCCUCUGAACCUAUUUCCUGCCUCUUUGAGGCCCGAAAGUAGAUUCAUUUGCUUAAGCCAAGGAAGCUCUUUUGCUUUCUGCUUCGCCUCUUUUGAACAAGUAUCAUGUUGCUAGCAUAUGAUGGGACAGUGGGGCAGUUAGUGAUAAGUUAAAGGAGACCCAGGACAGAUGAAAUAUGGGAGAAGGGACUGAAGAGGAACAGGAAUAAGGACAGAAAUAAAGAUAGACACCAAAUCUGUUCCCUGUAAGGACAAAGAAUUUCAAGCAUUAGGACAUAAAAGACCUUUGCAGACAUCAGUCUUACCAGAACAGGCUCUCUUGGUUUUGUGGUCAUCUGGUAGCACUGGUUCCUUUGGUCUGAACUGUGGAGACUGGGAAAAGCCCAGUGGAGAAAAGGCACUGCAGGAGGGGGAGGGGUGCCAUGUUCAAGAGUGAAUGAAAGCUAGUCCAGGCUGGAAACAGAAAGGCCUUUAAGGUCUCUGCCAGGAUUUCUUUUGAAACUGUUUUUUUUAAAAACAUCUGCCCAAAUUAGGAUGUACAACUUAAAUACAGGGGGUGAAGUACUCAGGAACC